AUGUUUUUCACAGUAGUGUGUGGUAUAGGAGCAUAUAUUUCUCACCGCUAUCACUUUGUAAAUAAGAAUAAAACUCGGAGUGAAGCUCAGACUUACUGCAGAGUGAAUUUCACUGAUCUGGCAACCAUCAACAACAUGGGAGAGAUGAAGAAGCUGAAUCACACACUGAUGAAGGAAAAUGCAAAGAAAGCUUGGAUUGGUCUACAGAGAGAGGGACCUGGGAAAUGGCAGUGGUCUCUGGCAGACCAAACUUUCUACAGAGACGGAGACACUUACAGGAACUGGAGGAGUGGUCAGCCAGACAACGAUGGGGGGAUCGAGUACUGUGUUGAGAUGCACUACAAUGGCUUGUGGAAUGAUAAAGACUGUGAGAAGUUAAAUCCUUUUUGGUCAGAUCAGAGUAACUCCUCAUUCAGGUACUGGAGCUCUGACAAACCCAGUGGAGGUUUGAACUGUUGUGCAGUGUCUGAGUCUGAGAAACGUUACUGGAGUGAUAAGGAAAUGGCUCAAAAUGCCUCCACUGAACAUGUGUGGCUCGGUCUGUGUCACGACUGUGUCCAGCGUGUCUGGUUCUGGGUUUCUGGAUCAAUGAUCUGCUAUGAGGACUGGGCACACGGAAAUGGGACCUGGAAUGAAGACUGCAGCCAUGAGAAGAGAAGCAGAGGAGGUCUGGAGGAGAGCAGAAGUGGAUCGAGCUGCAUGGGAGCCACAAGCUCAACUUCAUCUGCUCUACCUAUGAUGGAGGAGAGACUGUGA